AUGACUACGCUUUGCGGUGUAUGUUAUGGAAAAUUUCGCCCGUACACAAACAAUGGCGGAUCCCUCGCAGCAGCAUCAGGACAUGACUUCACACUUCUAGCUGCGGAUUCGCAAUUAGUGCACGGCAUGACGAUUGCUUCCACUGUAUUCGAACGCACAUCAGCCUUGGGCAAUUUGGCAGCCUUGGGCACUUCGGGAUGUGUGGCUGAUUGUGAUUCAUUAUCCCACGAUCUGCGAAUGGAGGCGGAGCGCUACUUCUGGGGCGCAGAAAUGUCAAUGGAAGCAUCGGUGGCAGCGCAGGUAUGCUCUCAAAUGAUGUAUGCGCGACGAGCCUUCCCCUAUUACGCAUCGCUCUUAUUAUGUGGGCUUGACAGAUUUGGGACUGGUCGGGUCUGCGUUUUCGAUUCCUUCGGGUCGAUCACGGAGGGGCAGAUGGUCGCAGUUGGAUCGGCGCAGGGGGUGCUCCAAGCCGUCCUUGAUAGAUUUGCGCCUCGAUAUUUUCCAAGAUUUCGAUGCAUUGAUGACGCAAAGGAGGUCCUGCUCAGUGCAUUCAAAGUCGCGGCAAGGAGGGAUGUGAGCGUUGGCCACUUUGUUGAUCUCACACUUGUCAGCAGAACGGAGAUACUGUGUGAUACUGUGCUGAUUAGAGCAUGCGAUUAG